AUGCUUUACCACAAGAACCGUUACACAGUCACCUCCCUCUUCUUCCUCGCAUUGUUCCUUCUCUCUUUCUUCUUCUUCUUCUUCUUCACCAGAAUAACUCUUCGCCCUGCUCCUUCCCUUCACACAGAUCUCUCCCUCCAAUUCCAACCUUCUCCUCUCUCAUCCCCGUCACCACAACAGCUACACUCUUCCACUGACACCCAAACCCAACCACCCCACACCGCCAUUACCACCGACGAUGGCUCCGACCAUGAAUCUGGUAGUAACGAGACGGUAGAUAAUGGUGGUGGUGAUGCAGCAUGGAAGGAGUGUGAUUUGUACACGGGAACAUGGGUGGAAGAUGAAAAUUACCCAAUUUAUAAACCGGGUUCUUGCCCUUACGUGGACGAGGCUUAUGAUUGCCAAAUCAACGGAAGAACCGAUACCCACUACACAAAAUGGCGAUGGAAGCCUCAUGCCUGUGACCUUCCCAGGUUUAGUGCCACAGACUUCUUGGUAAGACUGAAAGGUAAAAGACUAAUGCUGGUUGGAGAUUCUAUGAACCGAAACCAAUUUGAGUCCAUUCUGUGUAUACUACGUGAAGGUCUACAGAAUAAGAGCAAAAUGUAUGAGAUACAUGGCCACAAAAUAACAAAAGGAAGAGGCUACUACUUUUUUAAAUUUGAGGACUAUGAUUGUUCAGUGGAAUUUGUGAGAUCUCAUUUCCUUGUGAAGGAAGGGGUUCGUAUUAAUGGAAAAGGUAGCUCAAAUCCUACAUUAUCAAUAGAUCGAAUUGACAAGACAUCUGGCCGUUGGAAGAGAGCUGACAUUCUUGUCUUUAACACUGGGCACUGGUGGGCUCAUGGAAAAACUGCUAGAGGGAUAAAUUAUUAUAAAGAAGGUGAUUAUCUAUAUCCAAAAUUUGAUGCAGUUGAGGCAUACAGAAAGGCUAUAAAGACCUGGGCAAAAUGGAUUGAUGAUAAUAUCAAUCCACGAAAACAGAUUGUCUAUUAUCGCGGAUAUUCUUCUGCCCAUUUCAGAGGUGGAGACUGGGACUCAGGCGGGUCAUGCAAUGGUGAAACUAAACCAGCUUUUAAUGGGUCCAUCCUGAAUAACUAUCCUUUGAAAAUGAAGAUAGUGGAGGAAGUGAUCCAGGGAAUGAAGGUUCCUGUAAAGUUAUUGAAUGUUACAAUGCUGACUAAUUUCCGCAAGGAUGGUCACCCAUCUGUCUAUGGAAAGAAUACUAUGAAUGGAAAGAAAAUCUCCACAAGAAAGCAGGACUGCAGCCAUUGGUGUCUUCCUGGGGUCCCUGAUGCAUGGAAUGAGCUCAUUUAUGCCACUCUGGUUUUUCAACAAACCAAUUCUAGGAGCUAACUUAUGUGACCCUUCUUUCAAGGAGUUUACUUUUUGUGCAGGAAAGACGGGAAAAAAAGAAAAGAGAGAACCUUUUGGCUUACAUCAAGA